AUGCAAUCAAGUACUCAAAUGACAUCUGAAGAGGAUAAUACGGCACAAUGCCCAGUUUGUCGCUCAAAACAGAAACUUGUAACCCUUGCAUGUUGCGAUGAAUGUGCUGUAUCACUUCGCAAUACAGAAAUUUCGAUAAAUCAAGAUAUUAUCGAUACAGAAUUUACACCUAUAAUUAAGUCCGAAAUUCUCGAGGAAUGCUCUCUUGCUAUUGCAAAUUCGAACUACGAAGAUAUUGGGUGCGCUGCGCCUAAAUCGAACAAAAAAGAAGCAAAAUACUACAAGUCAUUAAAUGAAUGGGUUGGAAUGAUGAAUGAUCUCGAUGAUGUCACUAACUCUAGUGCAAUUCCAGUCGAUACAAACGAGGCAACUACAUGUAUUAGGUGGGCAACUUACAUUUCUUUUGGAAUUAACUUCAGUUUGAUGAUAGGAAAAGCUGUUGCCCUAUCAGCAUCAACAUCAUAUACACUUAUUUCAUCGUUAGCAGACUCCUGUCUUGAUAUUAUUGCAGGAACGAUCAUUUCAUGUACUGCGAAACACUCAAAAUUUACAAGAGAUGACCUUAAUAAAUACCCAGUUGGUAAGAGUCGCGUUUCUACAGUUGGCCUUCUCGUUUUCAGUGUUUUAAUGGCAUGUUGCGCAACAUAUAUUAUUAUUGAGUGCGUUCAGAGCCUUAUAAAGAAACAAAAGCCAGCCGCCGAGUCAAUACUCUCAAUAAUAAUUAUGGGUGUAACUAUAGGCGUCAAACUUACGAUGGCAAUUUUUUAUUAUUGCUUGGGACAUCCAAUUACUAAAGCCCUUGCCGAAGACCACCGCAAUGACGUCAUCACUAACUCUAUUGGCCUUUUCAUGUACUGGGGAGGCCACAAACUCGGUUGGUGGAUGGAUUCAACCGGUGGAAUUAUUUUGAGCCUUUUCAUACUUGUUUCAUGGUUCAUGAAUGCGAAAGAGAACGCAAAGAUGUUGAUGGGAGUAUCAGCACCUCCUGACGUAAUCAGAGCUUUGACUUAUGUCGCUGCAAACCAUCAUCCUCUCAUUGUAAACGUUGAACAAGUCAUCGCCUUCCAAGUCGGUCCUCUCUACUUUGCAGAGCUCCACGUCAUUGUUCCUGGACAUAUCCCAAUCGGUGUCGCACAUUGGAUUGGCGAGAGUUUGCAAUUGAAGAUCGAAAGAGUUCCUGACAUAGAAAGAGCGUGGGUUCACGUGGAUGUCGAAACUCAUAACGAAAAUGAGCAUCUUCUGUUCAUGAGAGCUACUGGAAAGCUUGAAAACAGAAGGCCAAGCAGCGAAAAUGAUGAACCUGUUGCUCCAUAA